AUGCAGUUUGUACGCAAGGCCGAAGAGGCCUUGACUGGCAAGAAGACUGAGUCGCACGAGUCGACCAAGUCCUCCAACCAUGGACCUCACUCGUCCAACUUGGCUAACAAGCUUGACCCUCGUGUCGACAGUGAUAAAGAUCACCGUGCUGCCGACAUUGAUGGGACUAGCGCUAGUGUUGGAGUAACCCACGACACCGCCACCGCUACUGGCACUCACGGCACUACCCACGGCACUACCCACGGCAACACUGGUGUGACCGGCACUCAUGGCACCACUGGUAGUACCAACACUGGUCCUCAUAGCUCCAACCUCGCCAACAAGGCUGACCCCCGUGUGGAUUCUGACCGUGACCCCCGUGCUGCUCACACCGAUGUGACUGGCGCUGGUCUUGGCUCGCCCUAUGCGCCAAUCACCACUACAGGCACUCACAGCUCGGCCCUAGGCUCUGGCACUACCCACGGCACAUCUGGUGCGACAGCUACCGGUGCUGGUCUCGGAUCCACCCACGGCACCACUGGCAGCACCAACGCUGGUCCUCACAGCUCCAACAUCGCCAACAAGCUGGACCCCCGCGUUGACUCGGACCGCGACAACCGUGCUCGCCACGAGGGUCUCACUGGUGCUGGAACCGGUGCUAGUCUUGGAACAUCUCACGCCACUAUUGCUCCAGGCACUCACGGCUCGACCCUGGGUUCUGGCACUACCCAUGGCACUACCCACGGCACCACCAGCAACACCCAUGUCGGCCCCCACAGCUCCCACAUCGCUAACAAGGCCGAUCCCCGUGUUGACUCUGACCAUGACCACCGUACUCGCCAUGAAGGUCUCCCCGGUGCUAGCACCGGCACCGGUAUUGGAUCUACUCAUGCUACUCACGGCACCACCGCCCCUGGCACCCACAGCUCGACUCUGAGUUCUCGAACUGGUCCUACCCACGGCGCUCCCACUGCCACCCCCGGCAGCAGCAGCACCAAUGCUGGACCCCAUAGCUCCAACAUCGCCAACAAGCUCGACCCUCGCGUUGACUCGGACCGUGACAGCCGUGUCCAGCACUCUGGUCUCGCUAGUACUGGUCCUGGUACUACUACCCACGGUACCCACUCUCACGGUGCUACUGUUGCUCCCACUGGCUCGGCAAUUGGUGGCUCCGGCCUUGCUGCUGGGCACCACGAUACUCUUGCUGGUAGUAGCUACAAUACCCCUGCCACUGGAACAGCUCCUGGUACCACUGGUCCCCAUGAUUCGAGCAUCGCCAACAAGCUUGAUCCCCGUGUCGACUCGGAUGCUGCCCGUGCUCAUAAUGAAGGUCUUCACCGUCAGAUCUAG